UCUUCAGUUAGACACUGUUUGUGCAACAAGCAUUUCGAAAAUGGCAUUCAAAUACAACGAGAAAGACAUUAAAUUCACCCGUCAUUUCAUCGAUGGCGAGUUUCGCGAUUCAAAAUCCGGCAAAUACUAUGAACUCUACGAUUUGUUGAAUAAUAAAACGUUGGUCAAAGUAACGGAAGGUGAUAGAGACGAUGUUGAGCUUGCAGUUAACGCUGCUGUUCAUGCAUUUGAGUACGGAACACAAUGGCGUAAAAUGGAGUAUGCUGAACGAGGACGAUUUUUAUAUAAAUUGGCCGAUUUAUUGGAACGCGACAUUGACUAUUUAGUUUGGUUGGAAAUAAUAAAUUCGGGAAAAACUUUAGAAGACACCAAAUUCGAUUUAAGGCGCAGCAUUGACUUUUUGCGCUAUUAUUCCGGAUACACUGACAAGCUAUGGAGCCGCAUCGAUCGUGACAAGGAUGAUUACUUUGAGUUUAGCUCAAAAGAGCCGGUUGGUGUAAUCGGGCUAAUAAGUGACCACAUUGACCCAUUAUGGACAUUCAUUCGUCAAAUUGCACCGGUUUUGACCGCAGGAAACACUGUUGUGUACAAGCCAUCGUAUAAAACACCAUUAACCUCGCUUUACAUUGCUCAAUUAACAAAUGAGGUUGGGUUCCCCAAAGGCGUAAUCAAUAUUGUAUUAGGAAAAGGAUCGGUUGUUGGUGAAGCUCUUGGAUUGAAUGAAUAUAUUAAACACAUUACAUUCACUGGUCGCCGUGAAAUUGGAAAGUUCUUCUACGAAUAUGCACGCUCGAAUUUCAAAACUCUUAAGUUCUACUUCACCGAGCCAAGUCCGUUGUUUGUAUUAGAAGAUACUGAUAUUGAUGAUGCCGCAUUGAUCGCACAUCAUGCUGCCUUCUUCAAAGAUGGCAAAACUCGUUAUCGACCCGUUCGCAUUUUCGUUCAUGACGACAUUUAUAAUAAUUUCGUAAAGCGUAGCGUGGAAUUGGCACAAAAACGUAAACUUGGUGACAUUUUGGACAAGGAUGUUAGAGUUGGUUCAUUUAUAAAUGAGAAAUACCAUAAGAAUUUCUUGGACUAUGUAGAUCAUGCUAAAAAAGAUGGAGCGAAAUUGGAAUAUGGUGGAAAGCGCUACGGAACAUCCGGAUGGAUCGUUGAACCGACCAUUUUCUCUGAUGUCAAAGAUGAAUACCAAUUUCUUACCGAUUACGAUGUUUAUGGACCAAUCGAACUCAUAACACGCUUCAAGAAAUUUGAAGACAUUCCGGAUUUCUUGCGAAAAUUGCACUAUGAUCAUACAAUUGGCAUAAUUUCAAGAAACUUCAACCGAUUUAAGGAACUUGUGCGUCAUCUUAAUAUUAAUCUAUUUUGGUUUAAUACAUGGCAUGAUUUUAAGCCAUAUUUGAAAUAUCAGGAACGUAAACAACAAGAUUUUGGUGGAUAUUUUGAUGAAGAAUACUUUGAUCGUGAUGUCAUCGAAUAUUACUUGAAGAAGAAAACCAUUGAUGGGCUAUGGGAAACAAGAAAAUAUGAUACUUAUAUCUGGUAAAAUGAAAAAAAUUGGUCAACACCUGAAUCUAUAUGAACGAAUCGAUAUUGACAUUUAAAUUGAAUAAAAGCAUUUGUUAAAACCCA